AUGUCAAAGUGGAUUAAAUACGUUAAGGAGAUGUUCACUCCAGGUCACUCCAUGGAGUUCUUCCACAAGCCAAACAACAACUCUCUUCUUGAAGUUUCUGAGUUGAAUGCCACCAGAAGAGCCAUCAAGAGAGACGAUUUCGGUCACGAAAUCCUCACUGGACCAUUCGGUACUUUGAAGAGCCCAGUCGUUGUCGAAUCAAUCUUUGAACACAGAUCAGUUGGAUGUGAAGGAGGUGAAGGUGAGGAACACGACCUCAUCUUCCACAAGGUCACCGCCAAGAAGCCAACCAUCUGUUUGGACUGUGGUCAAGUCUUCAAGCUCAAGAAGAUCGGUACUGAGGGUGAAGUUAUGUAUUAUUAA